AUCAGUUUAGGCCUUUCGGGCCUCCGAGUCUCUGAAGUUCAUUGACCUGCUACUCUUUCCCACCAAAAAAAACAGAAGAAAUUCUACCAAUUUCCACAUCGAUUUCUCUUUAUCCAAUUUUCAACCCCCAACGACAUCUAUCAACUGACGCAAAUGGCUUACCAAUUCGUGAUUUGGGGUCUGAUCACUGCUCUCUCGGCCCUGAUCCUGAGAAUCUCCCUCCAAAUAUCCACCGGCAGAAGCAACAGAAAACGCGCCGUCGCCUUCUUCCACCCCUACACCAAUGACGGCGGCGGCGGGGAACGAGUCCUCUGGUGCGCCGUGAAAGCCAUCCAGGACGAAAACCCCUCCCUUGACUGCCUCGUCUACACCGGCGACCACGACGCUUCUCCUCAGUCCUUGACCGCCCGCGCAGUUGACCGCUUCGGCGUCAACCUCCUCCGCCAACCCAAGGUGGUGCAUUUGAGCAAGAGGAAAUGGAUCGAGGAGGCCACCUACCCGCGGCUGACGAUGAUUGGGCAGAGCCUCGGCUCUGUCUACCUCUCAUGGGAGGCGUUGACGAAGUUCACUCCAACUUUCUACUUCGACACCGCUGGCUAUGCCUUCACGUACCCAAUUGCUCGGCUGUUUGGUUGCAGGGUUAUCUGCUACACCCAUUACCCCACAAUCAGCUGCGACAUGCUCUCCCGGGUCCGCCGGCGGAGCUCCAUGUACAACAAUGACGACUUCAUUGCUCGGAGCAAUUGGUUGUCCAGCUGCAAAGUCGUAUACUACAAUUUGUUUAGCCGGAUGUAUGGGAUUGUAGGAUCUUGUGCUCAUCUUGCUAUGGUUAAUUCGUCAUGGACUCAGUCCCAUAUCGAAAAGCUCUGGAGCAUUCCACAACGGACUAAGCGGGUCUACCCUCCUUGUGAUACUUCUGGACUUCAGGAGCUUCCCUUGGAAAGGCCAGCUGAACCGGCUAAAAUUAUAUCUGUUGCUCAGUUUCGGCCAGAGAAGGCACAUGGUCUCCAACUUGAGGCCUUUGCAGUUGCCAUAGGUAAAUUAGAUGCACACUUCCCCAGGCCUAAGCUUCAGUUUGUGGGUAGCUGUCGGAAUAAAGCUGAUGAGGAAAGAGUACAACGUUUGAAGGAUAAAGCAAUUGAACUGAAGUUGGACGGGGAUGUAGAAUUUCAUAAAAAUGUCAUGUACAGGGACUUGGUUCAACUUUUGGGAGGAGCCAUUGCAGGAAUCCAUUCAAUGACGGAUGAACACUUUGGCAUAAGUGUAGUGGAGUAUAUGGCUGCAGGAGCCAUCCCAAUUGCACAUAACUCUGCCGGCCCGAAAAUGGACAUUGUUUUACAGGAAGAUGGAUGGCAAACGGGAUUUCUUGCCUGUACUGUGGACGAGUAUGCAGAUGCCAUUCUCAAUGUCAUAAAGAUGCCAGAAAAUGAGAGGCUGAAGAUGGCUGCAGCUGCGAGAAAACGGGCUGGCAGAUAUUCGGAGCAAAGAUUCUAUGAAGAUUUCAAAGCUGCAGUCUCUCCAGUACUCACUUAAAUGGACUUCACAUCAAUCACAAUAUACUUGUAACUUAACGGAGGAGCUUUUUGCAUCGGACUUCAGUUGUAUUGCAUAUUUUGUUACCCUGAGUCUUACCAGUAACUGAACAGAUUGUGCUACUGUCUGUAACUCUAAAUGUUUGGUAGUAUCGGCUUUCACAUCAUAUACCAGUUGUCGAUAUCCACCGUUUACUCUUCA